UUCCAAUAAGCUUCUGAUGAAAGCUUAAAACUUGCAUUGGCUCCUAUAAAAGCCCCCCCAGAAUGUCAUAUAUGCAACAAAAAACAGACCAUAAAAGCCUCUUCUUUCUUCUCCCCAAAAAAGCAAGAGUCUUGACAAAAUGUUUUCUCUUGCAGAUAUGCCCUCAACAGCUUCAGUUUUAUCAGCCUACACCGCUUUCACAGCCUUCGCGGUCCUAAUGAGGACCGUGUUGAGCGAGCUGCAAGCCAUGGCCAACCAGCUCGUGCCCGGGGGGAUCCGGGACAAGGUGUUGUCAAAACUUGGAGGCCUAUUCUACUGCAACUUCACUUCCCAAGUGAGUUUGGUGAUUGAUGAGUACAAUAAUGGGCUUACCCAAAACGAAAUAUUCGAGGCUUCUGAGGUUUAUCUGGGCACAAAGCUCAGCCCCUCAGCAGAUAGGCUCAAGAUCUCAAAGGCACCAGAGGAGAAGGCCCUCUCAUUCAUCAUCACCAAAGGGGAGAAAAUCAUUGAUACAUUUCAAGGCAUGGAGUUCAUCUGGGAACUGAAAGUCUUUGAAUCUCAGAAUCCUUCCUCAGAAACUAUGGAGCAUAGAUCAUUUGAGCUUAGCUUCAACAAGAAAUUUAGAGAAAUGGUGUUCAAAUCAUACAUACCAUUUGUGCUGGAGAGAUCAAAGGCCAUAAAAGAAGAGAAGAAAACCAUAAAGCUCCACUCUCUGGGGAACUGGAAUGCAAGUGUUAACCUUGAACACCCAUCCACCUUUGAGACCCUAGCAAUAGAUGGGGAGCUGAAGAAGGAAGUGAUUGAAGAUUUGGAGAGAUUCGUUAGGCGAAAAGAUUACUAUAGGAGAGUUGGGAAGGCAUGGAAAAGAGGGUAUUUGUUGUAUGGACCUCCAGGGACAGGUAAAUCCAGCCUGAUAGCAGCCAUGGCCAAUUACUUGAAAUUUGACAUCUAUGACUUGGAUCUUGCCAGCCUAUAUAGCAACAUGGACCUCCAAAGCAUACUAGCCACAACCAAGAACAGAUCCAUUCUAGUGAUUGAGGAUAUUGAUUGCAGCAUUGAAUUGCAGAACAGGAAUCUUGAAAACACUCACAACCAGGGUGAUCAAAGUCAGCUAACUCUAUCCGGAUUGCUGAAUUUCAUUGAUGGACUAUGGUCAUGCUGUGGCGACGAGAGGAUCAUCGUGUUCACAACAAACUACAAGGACAGAUUGGACCCUGCACUACUCAGGCCAGGAAGAAUGGACAUGCACAUCCACAUGUCCUACUGCACUCCCACUGGAUUCCGGGUUCUUGCAUCAAACUACCAUGGCCUCAAAGAUCACUGCAGCUUCAUUCAGAUUGACAAACUUUUGGAAGAGGUGGAGGUGACACCCGCAGAGAUUGCAGAAGAGCUGAUGAAGAGUGAAGAGGCAGAUGUUGCCCUUGAAGGGCUCAUCAAGUUUAUGCAGAAGAAGAAGAAGAAAACUGCAGAGGGUGAUGAUGAGGGGAAGAAGGUGGGAAGGGGUAUUGGAAUCUGCAGUGAGGAAAUCAAAACAGUAGCUCAGAAGAGAGUGGUGAAAACAAGAGGAAGAAGAGGAGGAAGAGGAGGAGGAAGGUUAAGAAACAACUUUUAAUUAAGGUUAGGUGGGCUGCACAAAAUUGUGCUGUGCUGAGAUGGAGGGAGGACAUAAGUGGACUACUUGAUGAAGGAGGGGGGGCAAGGCUGGCACAAGGCCAGUAGCAGUAAUUUUGUCCAAAUGUCCCCAAGAUUUUGGAAACGAGUAAAUUGCAAGAUGUGUUUUUAAGUGACAAACGAAUCUUGUUUACCUUGCAUUCUUGUACAUGUUCGCAGAUCAAAACUAUCAAUUUAUUUUAGAUUGCUGAUGAGUUGAGUUGUACUACAUGCACAUGGAGGACAUUUAUUCAUAUAUUUAAUCCAUAUAUUAUUUAAAAUGAUUAA